AUGCCGAGCGAGCGUUGUGAGGCGCGGGUCAAGGCGACGCCAAAACUGCACGGAUGUAGAUCGAGUUUCUUGGCGGCGAACGCGAAAUGCUGGUGGGCUGGUGCUUUGGCAGCGGCGACGGCGGAGCUCCGCUACGCUGGCUACGUGUCCCCUGGGGUCCUGCUGGUGGCUGGUGCUCCUCGGGCCCUGGAAACCGUCCGGGGGGCGUACUCCCGAUCCGUGCUGAAACCGCCCCCCACGUACCUCAUCUGCGGGCUCGGUGACAUCGAGGACUGUAUCGUGACGCCGGCGUAUCAGGGGCAAUUCACCCCGCUACCGGAGGCACUAUGCGACUGCAUUAUGGACCUCACGUCCCAGGGUCAGUCAGCAACCCUGGAGAGCAUACGGACCUCGCUGUCCGUCAAGUUCCCGUCAAUGCAGACGCCGGACCCCAGCGUGGUCUACGACACCCUCGCGCAGCUGAUGCAGGAGAGGAAAAUCUACCAGACCUCUAGGGGCUUUUUCAUCGUGACACCGGAAAGGCGGCGCUCGCGCUCCAGGUCUUCGUCGCGGAACCACGUGGCGGACGAUGAGUGCCCAUCUCCGAGAACAAUCCUCAUGUCCGACCAGGAGGCGCUGCAUCAGCUCUACGGCGAGAUCACGACGGUGAGGGACGGCGCCGUCACGCACCAGUGCGUCCAGACCAACCUGGCGGACGUGAUAUGCGGCGGCAACCCAAACGACAAGAUCCUGUACGGUCGGCCGAACAAGCGUCGCAGCGCCUCCUUCCCGGCCCCCCGCACCCUGGACAGGCGCCACUCGCUGAGGAUAUUCGGCUCGUCCAGCAAAUACCUGCAGCGCUGCGCAUCCACCAGGAGCCUGCAUCACAAGAACGCUAACACCACUGAUAGCUCCUCCUCCACAGAUUACCCGCCGAGCGUCGAAUCUGCGUCGCCAAAGAAAGUGUCGCUGCUGUCCCGCUUAUUUAGACGAAGCGGCCGCAGCAAGCAGACGCGCGCGAUGAGCACCUUCUCCGCGCAGUUCCCGCCCACCGAGUGGUUCAACUCGAAGGCCGUGCACCUGCACUGCGUCGCCACACAAACCAACUCCAAGGAGUCACUGCAGAGUCAAACAUCUUACGUGUCGUCGUACUACGACGGGUCGGAGAUAAGCAACCGAUCGUCAACGCUGCCCCGCAGGCACAAACGGCACCUUUCGACCGAGUCGGGCAUAGCCGGCUCCGUGCAUUACGACCACUCGCCGGUCAGACACUCUAGCCCUAGCUCGGGCAGUUUGCCACGGUCGACGCUAAGCAGGAGCUCCACCAACAAAACCAUCCUGGACCACUUCGGAUCGCCGCAAAGGACAUGCGGAAAGUUGAGGGACAGCCCUAGCGGGAGUCUUCGAAGGGUGGACUACUCAGAUCACAUCGUGUCAACCAGCGGGCCCUCCAGCUUGGAGAGUAACACGCAGCGGACACCGCGAAAGGAAAAGAAUCCAGACAACUCCCCAAUGAAAAGGGGCUACAACACAAGCGGCAGCAGCGGCCACUCAAGCCUGGAAUCGCACAUUUCGGACCGCACUUUGAAGCCAUCGCCUAGUCACAGCAACGGAGCGACCGGAUUGAGCAGGGCGCAGUCGCUCGUGAAAGUUCAAAGUCUGCAGAGCUCUCCAAAGAGCUUGCACAAGUACAGAACCAAACCGCCAAUAGUCGGUGGCGAGACAGUAAAAAACGGUAACACAUCACCAAAAAACUGUCCAAACACACCGAAGAAGCCUACGCCGCUACAUAACAAGACGUUGGGCAACAAGGCUGAAAAUCCGGCGACAUCGGUACUCGCCAGCUCGAAUUCCAACAACUCCAUCACGCUGAAAGUCACCACCAACACAAUGUCACAAAACGGCGGCACCAACACCAAAGUGUACGUACAAAACUCCCCCGUGAGGUCUGUGAUAACAUUUGAAAACGGAAAGGUAACGGAGACUAGUAACGGCAGCAACAUUUACAUAUUCAACGACGAUCGCCGAGUGGUCUCUGUCUCGCAGAACGGAUCGAGCCAAGCGGCAAAAAACCCGACCGAGACGUCAUUCGACGUGUGCGUGGAGAAAAACAAGAAGAUGUUUCAGGAGCCCGAAACGGUGAAGGUGCAAGAGAACAACAAAUUCAUAAAAAACUCGAUCAACGACACGAGUAUGAACAACAAUCGAAAACUGUCGCUGCAGAUAGGCACGACGAACAACAACAGCUUCGUUUACAAAAAUCAGUUGAAUAACACCAACGAAGUGGCGUCGAAUCCAGCUUCCCCAGCUAUACAUAACAACAUUCACAGUAUGGAUGGUACAACUAACAGUCACCCGUCGACGCCUACGAAAAGCUACGACAACAUGAUCGGCUCUUUAGGCAGUCUUAGGUACCAGAAGAACUCUUUGUCGUCCGCCAACAGCGGGAUGCAGACGAAUAUAAAUUCGAACAGCGAACUAAAAAGCGUCGACUUGUUGAAGAAGGCCGCAGCCUUGCAAAUGCUGAACGGCCUACCGAACGUCAAUAACAGAAUGAGUACUGAAUCAAUCGCUAAUAUGCUGACGAAAGGAGUGGACCAGAAGCCCGCCGUGCUGGGCUCUGAACCAAACCUCGCACUAAAGAAUCAGGAUACGCUGAAAGACAUCAAAACAUCCACAGAAAAGAUUAACUGCUUGGAGAACAAACAGAAGAGGUACAGUUUAAGUCAGGAUAUUAAGAAGGAAAAUCAGGACAUCUACAAUUUUCCCAGUUUGAGCGAUCUUAGCUUUAACUUUACCAGUUUAGCUGCUCAGAAGAUAUUAAAAGGAGUUAGUAUUAACAGCGUGGACACGCUAGUUGAGUUAAAUAUGGCUGCCAAUAAUUCUGAGAAGCAGAACAAUCGUGAUGUUGCAGCAGUAUGCACAGAUUUUGGCCUUGUA